AUGGAAACAGAUGCUUUGCCACUCGAACGGGGCAACGUCGAUAUGACGUCAAUGCUUCCCCAACCCCCAAAAACAGACCCGCCACCCCAUGUCGUAUCAGACGAGUCGCUUACCCCGACGCAUCAAACUCAACAGCUGAUGCGACGUGUCUACAGUGCUCAAGAUACCGUCAACUUUGAAUUAUUACACGAUAUGUCCAGUCGAAAUCGACGUCGUCGAUCUGAAUAUGGGGCUCUAAAUGGACCAUUGCAAGCUUAUAAAAGUACCCAAAUGACUUUUUCUACCCCAAGUGACAAUUUCACUUCCGAAAUGCCGCUUGCUUUCGUUCCAAAAAAACUGGAUUCUCAACGUUUGAAAGCACUUUUUCUUGAAAUUUUAGUCAAUGGAACAUCUGGAAUAAUUGCCUGUUUACUCUCAUCAACCUUGGCUGUUUCAUGUGCCAGUGUCUUGGUGGGACAUGAAACACCAUUGGCUUCCGUGAUUGCUCGAUUUAUUGACAUGAAUUUAUUGGGGACAGCCAUUUUGUCAAUUGUUUUAGCUUGGCAAAGUCGGGCGCCAUGGACUUUAGGCUCAAUUGAUGUUUUCGUGGCACCAAUUAUGGCCGAAAUGGCCGAAAAAAUCUCGAAACAUUUACAUGGAGAUUUGGACAAAGUUGUACCCACGACGGUCGUCAUGGUUGCAAUGACGUCGAUCAUUUUAGGUCUUGUGUUUUUUGUCAUGGGACUAUUUCGAGUCACGUCGAUUGCAAAUUAUAUGCCAUAUCCUGUCAUUGCAGGCUUUUUAUCCGGUAUUGGAGCUCAAUUGAUGAAAAAUGGAGUGCAUAUGGCAUCUAGUAAAGCUUUGACGGCUGCAUUCUUUACGUUGGAAGUGCAGGUGCUCUUGCUACCUGCUGUAGCAUUUGCCAGUUUGGCACGACUUGGACAGUACUUUAAAUUCCCAGUGGCCUUUUCAUUUCCGUGUCUGCUAGCGCUAUCAUUGGUGGGGUUUCGACUCAUUUCUUUCCUGUAUGGAGUAAGCAUAGAGGAGUUAGGCCACGGCGGAUGGGUUUUCUCGUGGGACCCUGUCGUGGUGGCACAGACGCCCAUGUGGUUUCCAUGGGCCGAGAUCGACUUUAAUCAGGUACAUUGGCACACACUGACGCACGAGUGUAUGGAAUUUAUGGUGUCCCUCAUCAUUCUUGGUGCGCUGAAGUACAGUGUGGCUACAACUUCGUUGUCAACGCUGUUUGGGCGGGAUAUCUCGCCGGACAAUGAAAUGCGUGUUAUCGGGCUAGCUAAUAUGGCCAGCGGCUUGUUGGGAUGCUGUGGUGGGUGUCACUACCUCUCAGCCAUGGGCAUCAUGAAGCAGUUUGAGGCUCACGAAAAAGUACCGGCACUGGUUUGUGCUUUUCUGGUUGUGUGUUUGUGGAUGGCCGGCAUCCGGUUGCUGCAAUUUGUGCCCAAGUUUAUUUUUGGUGGGCUACUGCUAAGUGUCGGACUACACUUCCUGGAAGCAUACUUAGUAACACCGUUCCAUUUUCUCAAGCCUAUUGAGAAAGCUACUGUUGUGCUCAUUACUUCAAGCUUUCUUGCUAUUGGUAUGCUGGAGAGCGUAGCAAUGGGCAUCAUGAUAUCAAUGGUCGAGCUUAUUUGGCGCAUUCACGCCGUGGGUUGCGUUCACCACGAGACGACAGGAGCGCUAUCUCGCAGUGCAGUGGACCGCACUCCAGAGCAGACAGCCUAUCUUGACAGUGAGGGAAGUGCCAUUUUUGUGCUGCGACUGCAAGGUUAUCUAUUUUUUGGCACUUCUGUGAACAUUUUGGAGCGAAUGGAGACUCGUGUGCAUUCGCUAGAUUUUCCCAAGCUGAAGUUUGUCAUCAUUGACUUCGGGCUUGUCCCUAGCUUUGAUGCCACCGCGCUGUUAAACUUCCGCAAGUCCUCUACCCUUGCAGAUAUGUACAUGUUCGACAUUUACUUUUGCGGACUCAAGCCAGAUAUUGAACUCGCACUUCGCCAAAAUCACUACUCGCAGCGCGUGCAUUUACUCAGAAGCGAUGUAGAUAUCGCACUCGAAAUCUGUGAGAACGAGCUAGUUCCCGAUAAAUUGUUUUUUACUCCAGAAACUCCGAGGCCAGGCACGUCACUAAAUGAAUGGAAGCGCAUGAGCCAAUUGGAACUUUGGGAACGCUUCAUGGCCGCAUCUACGGAGCAUGAUGGUACAUCGAAUUAUCAGAAAUUACUUCCACUAGCUGCUUAUCUGGAGACUAUUGUGGUUCCCAACGGAUCUCAGCUCGUCCCAGAACGUCUACGCGAUGACACGUACUUCAUCUGCUUUGGCUAUAUGAAUUUUGUCAUGGAUUCCGAGUUCUCGAAUGCACAUAAUAUUCCCGGCGUCCGAUUCUCCGAAGCUUGUGAUGACGACGGAGUUGGCAGGGGCUACAGCGACGGCUUUCCGAACGAGAAUGACGAUGGAUUGGACGAACCCAUCAGAGCUUCCAACCCACGCAAGAUGUCGUUCGUGGUACCAGAGGAAUCGCAGUGGACACCAUUCACGACAGCGAAAUCACGGCUACUAAAAAUCGGACCAGGAGCUGUCAUUAUACCUAAUGUUGCAGGCAUGGACCCCGAGUACAAAUACUUCGCGACGUCAGACUGCGUGGUGCUUCGUUUACGUGCUGCAGCAAUGGAAACACUGGAGGAUCAGGCACCUCACACGGCUGUAGCAGUGUUGAAGCUCAUCAAUGUGCGAUUGGCCACUCGCUUUCGCCACUCGAGCAAGCGCGUCUCGCAAAUGUCUUCUCUGCUCUACAAGUAG